AUGCGUGAUACAGCAGAAGACAGCAAGCAAAAUUUAUGGAUAUCUUUACUUGAUGAAGUUCAGUCGAAUAGAAGAAACGCUUAUGGAACACUUGAAUCACCUGAUAAACCACAAUUAAUCAUUUUCGGCAAUGAAUCCACCGAUAAAACACGAAUUAUUGAAUGUAUAAAUUCGAAUACAGAUAUUCAAUGUGCGAUCGGCUUAGAUUAUCAAUUUCUAAAUCUUCAUGAAGAUGGAAGUGAAGACUCUUUACAUAUGGGUAUAUGGAGUUUAGAUGGUGAUCUACAACAAAGUAAUUUAUUAAAAUUUGCUUUAAACAAAUCAACUAUAUGGCAUACAAUGGGAAUAAUUUGUAUUGAUUACACUGAACCAUGGUCAUUAAUUAAUGAUUUAGAAUUAUGGUUACAAAUUAUUGAACAACAUAUUCAUUAUUUAAAAAUUGAUUCAGAAGAAAUUGAAAAUUUAAAAUCAAGUAUUGUCUACAAUUUUAAAAUGUUCACUGAUUCAUCAAUAGUUAAAGAUGACGGAACAAAAUCUUCUAUGAAUUUGCGACAUCAAUUAAGUCUUCAGUCACAAAAUAUUGUUAAAGAUCAAUUUGAAAAUACUAAAUGGUCAUAUAGUCCAUUACAUCCGAAACCGAUAGAUAGUUCUACUUUAAUAUCAUACUCUCUACAACCGAAUCAAUCAGUGCAAAAUGAUGAACAACAACAGAAUGAUCAAGAUGAUCAGUCAAAUGAAAAUUCACUUGAACAGGAACAACAAAAACAAUCGAAUAAAUGGCUUAAAAAAUUUAUUACUGAAGGUGUAAUGAAUAAAUUACUUCCUAUACCGAUUAUGAUUGUUGUUACAAAAACAGAUAUGACUGAUAUUCUUGAAAAGGAAUUCGGUUUCACAGAUGAAAAAUUUGAUUACAUUCUAUAUCAUCUACGUAAAUUAUGCCUUGAAUAUGGAGCUGCUUUAAUCUAUUUGUCAAUCAAAGAGGACAUCAAUACAAAUACUUUGGUUAAUUAUAUUAAACAUCGUCUAUUUGAUCUACCAUUGAAAAAUUCAGCUAUGCUCGUUGAUCCAAAAGCUAUUUUUAUACCUGCUGGUUGGGAUAGUUUACAUCGAUUAGAAUUAUUCAAAAAAAAUUUAUCAUCAAAUUUAAUUGAUUGUAAUUAUAACCAAAUUAUUACGAAACCAUCGAAAUUAAGAAGAAAAACAUCAUGUGUUACAAAAACAAGUGGAAUAGAUACCAAUCCUUCAGAAGAAGUGAAUAUUUUACAAACUGUUGAAGAUGAUCUACACUUUUUAAAACGAAUGCAAACAAUAUUAGCUAAUAUGCCUAUGUCGACAGUUACAAGUUCAUUACCAGGCAAUUUAAGUGGUACGACAACAUCGAUUAGUUCAACAAUAAGUAAUCAAACAAGAGAAACUCCAUUAUUAACUGAAAGUCUCUCAUCCAAUUUGCCUAAUCAACCUAAACCUGGAUCAACAUCGGACAAAGAAGCCGUACUAAGUAGCUUUUUCAAUUCUUUGCUUUCACGAAAAAGUUUAACUGAAUCAAAUCCAACUAAACCAAUGCAAUCGACAACGGGAAUGACGUCGAAUAAAAUUAAUACACUGAACACUUCAUCAACACAAGAUAGCGAUACCAAGUCAUAA